GCCACGUAAUUAGAGGCUCCUGUUAAGUCUGGCUCUGUCCUCCCGAGGGCCCUGGAGUUGCCCCGCCCGCCCGCUUGCCAGGCUGCGCCGUUACAAGUGGCAGAGGGCCGCUUGGUCGGGAAGCCCAGCGGUAAGCGGCGCGGAGCUAGCGCAGCACUUCCCCCAGCAGCCCUCUUCCCUCAGCCCGCGGGCGAGGAGCUCAGCUGCGCCGCUAAGUCGGCGGGAAGCCUCGGCAAGACGCCCGCUCCUGCCGCCUCAGUUGCUCGCCCGGCUAUCCAAGGAGCGCGGCCGGCUAAGGAAACGCAGGCGGGAGACGGGGUUCCCGCUUCAGUCGAGCUUUGCUGGGACUGAGGAGGCGUAGGACGCGGCUGAUCUGCCGGCUUUGGGCCGCUCCGCGCGGCUUCCCCGCCUGGAGCAGCCUCGCGACCCGGGAAAGCAACAGUGGCCGGCGGGCUUGGCCGGGCGCCUUUCGUCCGGGACUCCGACCGUCCUCCUCUGCCUUGGCUGCCCUCCUCCUACUCGGUCGGGGGAGGCAAAGCCAUGACUUCCAGCUACGGGCACGUCCUGGAGAGACAGCCGGCCGUCCUAGCCACGCGCCUGGAGAGCCCCGGCAACCUCGACAGCUUGCAGGCAAAGAAGAACUUCUCGGUCAGCCACCUGUUGGACCUGGAGGAAGCCGGCGACUUGGUGGCGGCUCAGACCGACGAGAGCGUCGGGGAAAGCGGCCGGAGUCUCCUGGAAUCGCCGGGGCUGACCAGCGGCAGUGACACUCAGCAGCAGGACGGUGACCAGCUGAAUUCUGAAGAGAAGAAGAAACGAAAGCAGAGGCGAAACAGGACCACCUUCAACAGCAGCCAGCUUCAGGCCCUGGAGAGAGUCUUUGAGCGGACACAUUACCCAGAUGCUUUUGUCCGAGAAGACCUUGCACGCAGGGUCAACCUCACCGAGGCUCGGGUCCAGGUGUGGUUUCAGAACAGGCGGGCAAAGUUUCGCAGGAAUGAGCGAGCAAUGCUGGCCAACAAAAAUGCAUCCCUCCUUAAAUCUUACUCAGGUGAUGUAACUGCAGUGGAGCAACCAAUUGUACCUCGCCCAGCACCAAGAGCCACUGACUAUCUCUCCUGGGGAACUGCCUCUCCUUACAGCACUGCCAUGGCUUCUUAUUCUGCUUCCUGUACCAAUGCCAGCCCAGCUCAGGGCAUGAAUAUGGCUAACAGCAUUGCCAAUCUGAGACUGAAGGCAAAGGAAUAUAGUUUACAGAGGAACCAGGUGCCAACCGUAAAUUAGAGAGCAGCAACCUGUAAGAACAGCCCAAAUCUAGAAAGAAAAGUCCCUGCCUGGGGCAACUGUCCUGCUUUGCCAUUUGUUGAGACCUAGAAAGCCCACCAACCCAAGCUAAAGCAUUGGGGAUAAAAGCAGGAUCUGAAUGAAUGGAAAACAGUUUCCAACAUGAUGCUACAAAUACAAAUUCAAGUACAAAUACAAAUAACCCCACAAUAUUGCCAAAGUGCCAAGAAAUCUCUUCCAAGAACUUUUUCGGUGAAGGAUACAAGGUUUGAAUUAAUCCUAGGAAUGACUGCAAAUCCAAAGAUCCUGCACUUGACUCUUCUGUGUCCCCCAUUUGACUUCUUUGUUUGCCCCUCACCUCUUUUAUUUGAACCUUCUAAAAUACUCUUAAAUCUUAUGCCAAAGAUCCUCAUGGUCAUUGAUGCUCUGAUCCAUUCAAAGCACAAGGGAUCCCAACUGAUGUUGUGACCACCAGCAUAUGCCAGACGCCUUAGCAUCUAAACUUUUAUGUCUAUUGGCUAGAAUCUCGCCUUCUCUUAGCUGUUUGAAGUCAAUUUUGAUUAUAGAUAAGUGUGUCUUACUGUUUAUUCUGCCACAACCUCUUUGAUAUUGUUUUGCUGGUUUCCAAAGAAUCACUAAAUAUAAAAUUACGUAAUUUUGAACCAAUUUCUGCCAAUAUAGGAGUGUAAAAAAUUUUCAAAUCACAUAGAACACUUCAUCGUGGUGAAAAUGUAUAAGAAUGUAUUUGAGAUAUUACUCUGUGGAAUUGAAAAGCUGGUACAAACCUACAAAUCUUGGAGAAACCCAAAGAGCAGAAUCCAGAUGUGUAGGUACUAUAAAUGAAAGUUAAUUUCCAAUACAAAAAUCAGAGGCCUUAAUCUAAUACAGAGAUAGGCGUGCUUAACCCUAUUGUAUUGGACUAAGUCUCCACAUACUUUCUUUGCUACUUGUUUUGUUUCAUGCCACACUCAACAGUGGUGCCUGAAAUCAUUUGAUUUAUAUAUACUGUAUAUAUUUAUAUAUAUAAGAUAUACAUACAAGCUUUGUGAGUUUUCCUUUUUUUUAUUAAACAAAUAAAAUGAACUGAAAGCGU